AUGAUAGAUCGUAGGAGUCAAAGUCCCAUGGCUACAAGCUAAAAGAUGGGAACUGCAAGAGCCAUUUUUGACACAGGCACAGAACAAGAACCCACUAAGCGAUUAACAAGAUCAAUAAGAAACACUAGCACAGAUCCACAAUAAACAGAUUAAAAAUAAUAAUACCAAAAUUAGCUUACUUUGGGGGUUUAAGGUUCCUAUGAAUUGAAUUCUUAAAAUUCACGUUAAUUUACUUAAGAGAAUUUUGAUUAUCGGAAACCAGAAACGGACACUCUCAAUUUUAGAACAGUUCAAACUUAUAAACCUUAAGAAGUAAGUGCAUAGCCAAUUACUUAAUUCAAUUACUAAAGUUUUGAAUACAAAAAACCAGACGCUGGUCGUACAGGAUCUUACAUUUAGUCAGCGUACAAUACAACAUUUCAAGAACCUAUAGGCAGUUCACUUAACUAUCAAAAUAAAUCUGUGUAUGAACCACCAAAAUAAGACAACACAUUUACAAAAUAUGAAUUGAAUCCAUUCGAUAAAUAUAAAACUACUUUUGAAUAACCUAAAACUUAUGAUAAGUUUGAACAAUACAAAUUUGAACCAAUGAAGUAUGAUUUUAAUAUACCUGAAUAACCAAAGGAUCGUCAACCAUCAUAUAGAUCAAUUCCAUAAGUAUAACCCAAUUAAUCAGUUAUUCAAACUCAAUAUACUCCUUACAAUCCUGAUAGAAUUACUUUGGAUACACAACUGAAUAGAACUACUCUAAACUAUCCACUCCAAAAUGAAUCCUUAAGUGUAGGACCUAGAAAGACUGAAGAGCCAAAGAUGCCUUCAGAUUAUCAAAUCAAAACUCAAAAACCUGUAGAACCUAUUAAAACAUAAAAUCCUCCUUCAAUCCAUGCAGAAUCAAUUAAGAAUGGAUAAGUAUAUAGACCAACAACUCCAGUAUAUACUCAAUAAUAACAAUAUCAAUUAUCAGGUUAGAAAUUGCCUGAAUCACAAUUCAAGUAGGAACCAGUGGAUAUGUUUAAUAAACCAAGUUAUAAAUGUAAAAUGUGA